AGAAGAAGAACUUUUAAAAUGAAAAUUUUCCGACAGCACGUACAAGACGUAUAUUUUCUCCAGUUAGCUAAAAAAUAUCCAAGGACCGUCUUCUAUCAUAUUUACUAGCGAUCGCUUUAAAAGUUGUGUCAACUGUAUGGUAGCUAAAGAAGAGGAACAUCUAAAUUGAACAGGGAGUGACCUCUUGAACUCGUGGGCGUGGACGUGCGCCUUGAUUUGCACGACACAAAAGACGCCCUGGCAGUUUGGCUAGCUGGUUAAAAUAACUGGCAAGUGUGUAUUUACCACAAUGUCAGACAGUGAGUCCAUCAAAAAAAUGCUGAGAGCUGUACUCCAGUCCAGCAAGGAGGGUGUAUCUAUCAGCAGCCUCCAGUCAGAGUACCGGUCACUGUGUGGAGAGGGAAUCCCGCUGAAGAAGCUGGGCUACUCAAAACUGGAGGACUACCUCCAGAGCAUCCCCUCUGUAGUCCACCUGGAGUACCGUAUGGGUGAGAUAAAAUGCUUUGCUGCAGUUUGUCGAGAGACAGCCCACAUUGCUGAGUUGGUGGCCAAGCAGAAGAGCUCGAAGAAGUCUGGUCGUUCUCAGGUUGUCAACUGUAGGAUGAGAUUCAAACCUUCCAACCCAUAUGUGCUCAAUGUGAGGCCAAGGUCCUCUCUCCGCCAGCCCUCAGCUGCUAGUGUCUCUAACUGGAUCGCAAACUGUUCUCGGCCUCAUGGCAGCUACAGUGGCUGCAGUGCCUCAGGAGACUACAGGCAGUUGGACCAAAAGUUGAGCCCCAUCACCCCAGUUGAACACAGAAUACCUCCUCCAUCAGCUGUAAAAGAGUGUGCCAUACCUGACAGCAGGAAGGAGACAAGUUUUGCAAACUGGCAGAAGCCUACAGAAAAGCCUUCUGAACAAGUCUCCAGACCAAACCAAGCUGAGUCUUGUCCGUAUAACACGAAGCUGGUGCAGGGCAGAAUAACUCAGCUCCUGGCGAAAUACUCCAGUGGAUUGUGGAUGUCUAGACUAUCAGAGUUCUACACUGACAUGUUCAAGCAGAAGCUCCACCCUCAGGUGCUCACAGAUCUGAAACACUGGACACACAUUUGUGUGGUGGAGAAAUCUUCCCGCACCCACCAAGCUGAUUGCCUCAUCUACCCUCCUCUGCCCCCCAAGCCUAGAUGUAGCACCACCCUUGAAACAUCACCCACCUUUUCAAGCACCAAUGCCACACGUCUUUCUUCACGUCUUUCAUCAAUUGAACAACCGUCCACCGCAUUCCCUCCUCUGCCUGUUUGUAAAGCAAGGGGUUUUCCCCAAAAUCCCUUGGCUAAGCCCACCUUCAUUUUUCCUUUGCAACCUGCUGUUGCCUCUUCAGGUAAGAUGUUGUCUUCAGUCACAACGAGCGGCUUUGCCCACAGCCCAGCUGUUGCUCCCCAGCUGCCCCUCGCUGUCACUCUUGCAAGUGGUAGGUGUAAAGAUCAUCACAACUUGCCUACAAUUACCCUCAACCACAAACAAAACAGUCAGCCUUUAGCCACCAGCUGGACUACAUCCACCCAUACUCCUUCACUAGCUUCCCCCCUCCAACCGGGCCCUGACGCCGUACCCCUCAACUUCUCACCUACAUCCAAUUUUGCCCUGUGUCCUCCCUCAAAAUCUUCUGCUGUUAUGUCAGCUGAGGUGCACCAGAGAAUAAAGGAACUUCUGUCCAAGUACAGUCAUGGUCUAUGGGCUCAUGCUUUGCCCGAACUCUUCAUGGGAACAUACAAGACACCAUUCCCCGAGCAUAUUCUGGACAACUUGUCUCUUUUGCUGGAUAUAUGCAAUGUGGAGUACCCAGUGCCACAUGACAAAAAGAGGGCCAUCCUUUAUUACUGCUGCAGAGCAGAUACAGAAGCCACAGGUGACCAAAAAAGCCAGCAGCCCAGAAGCCAUCCUCUUCCCUCUGGUCUGGAGGUCACUGGUCCUGUGCUGCCUCCCUGUCUGGUUCUUCCCUCAGAGCAGUACCCCUCUGUGCUGAUUGCUAAUGCCAGGAGCAGCAAUGCUGUUACAGUACGAUAUGUAGGUGAGAACUACUCAAAUGCCCAGGAGGCCAUGGAGGACGCCAUGCUGUUUUUCUACAGCCAAAGCUCCACCCACUGUCCUCUGUCCAACCCUGUUGUUGGUCAGCUGGUAGCAGUCAGAGGGGAGGAUGGAGACGAGCUGGCCAGAGCUCAGGUUGUGGAGGUUCUGGCCCCUGACCAGGUCAAGGUGUACUAUGUGGACUAUGGCUUCUCUGUGGAAACCAGUGGGACUAAUCUGCUGGAGCUGCACCAGGACUUCCUCUUUUUUCCAUUCCAGGCUAUAAAUGUUAGACUUGCAGGCCUAGAGGAAUUCAGCUCCCAUCCACUGGUGCUGUCCUCAUUGAACAAGUUGGCAGUUGGAAAGAUUCUGCUGAUGGAGACAUUAGAGCCCUGUCAAGGGAAUGACAUGCCCAUGGUAGUGCUGUAUGACACUUCGCAGGAUGACGACAUCAACAUCAACUCCACCUGCUUGGAGGCUCUACAGGACAAGACCUUGAACAACCCUCUGACUGUAAAUUCUACCUAUCGGAAUGUACGUGUCACAAAUGUGUGUGAAGAUGGGAUCAUCUACUGCCAGCUGCCCUCCAGAGGAACCUCAAGACUCAGCACUUUACUGAAGGAAACCGAGGUCAUCUUCACCUCUGAGAUGACAUCUGAUUGCCUGGUUUCCAGACCCUUUAGUGACAAGUCCUGUCUAGCCCAGUACAAUGGAAAGUGGUCCAGAGUGGGGAUCACCAACAUGCAUGGCAACAGAGUGAUGGAGAUCUUCUUCACUGAUUUGGGUGUCCCAGCAACUGUUGAGGUCACAGAUCUCCGAGAGUUCCCCCCUGUGUUCCUCAAAGAGUUCACCAUCAUCCCGCCACAGGCUACCAAAUGUCGCCUGGCUGACCUUGCGGUUCCAGAGGGGGGCUGGAGCCCAGGUGCCUUUCAGUGGGUGAAAGAAGCUGUUUUGGGCUCCGAAGACUGUAAAAUGAAGAUCUCGAAAAUAGACCAGGACAAAGAGGACUGGCUGGUUUAUGUGUACCUUUUCAUCGAUACUGACAGUCAGGAGCUGGACAAAAGCAUCAACCAUCAACUGUGGCACAAACUUGCAACACGCAAAAGCAGCAACACAACCCCCUGCAGUAACAGCAGCAAGACUACAGGUCUCAGUGUUCUGGUAGAGAAGUUGAGUCUGGACAGCCCGGUACCGAACCCCAUUGCCGGUGCCUCUACCCAACCUCUGCACAAAGCAGGAGACUUGCCUUUUCUAGAUAAAACCACCAAAACUGGGAUGCAGUCACUUCUGAUGCCUCCUCCACUGGAGCUCCCCCAGCCUGGUCAGAACAUUGAUGUGUUUGUACCAGUGGCCUGCCACCCUGGUCACUUUGUGCUACAGCGGUGGCAGGAUCUGCAUAAGCUGAUGGUGUUGAUGGGGGAGAUGAUCCUCUCCUAUAACCAGAUGUGGAAGAACAGCACAGUUACAAACAUCAAGAAAGGAGAGGUCUGCGCUGCCAAAAUAGACAAGAACUGGCACCGUGUGCAGGUAAAGGGGAUUCUGGCCAAUGGGUUGGUUUCUGUCUACGAGCUGGACCAUGGAAAACAUGAAUUGGUCCACAGUAGUCUGCUCCAGCCUCUGAUCGAUGAAUUCAGACAGCUGCCUUUCCAGGCUAUCACUGCACAACUGGCAGGUGUGACACAGCACCAGUGGUCGGAGGAGGCCUCCAUGUUAUUCAGGAACCACGUGGAGAAUCGAGCACUGGUAGCCCAAGUAGAGAGCGUGCAGGACAUGUCGGAGGUUAAAGGGGAAGUGUGGGAACGCAGGUUGACAGUUUACCUGGUGGACACUGCUGUGGAGGACAGGGACCUUUGGAUUCACAGCAUCAUGGCAGACAUUGGCGGCGAGCUGUCCUCGGCAGCCUAGGAUGUCCUCUCAUGCUUGUGGGGACAUUUGCCAAGCAAACUGACUCCAGGACUGCAUGCUGAUCUCCCAAGAUGCAUUUUUGAACCAAAACUGUGCUUUUGGUUCUUUUUGUUUUCUAAAACGGUGAAAGUGCUCACUGAAGUUUUGGAAGCCCAAAACCACUUUCUCUCCUUGGUUAAGCAUUCUGGAUCUUUUUUCCCAAUCAAAAACUCAAAAUAAGCCACUUCAUCUUAAAACCAAAAAUGUUUUGUCCAGGAGUUCAUUUUUUUCUGAAUUUGAGGCCUGGACAGCUGUUCUGUGUCUCAGAGGCACUAUAGUUGCAAAAAGUGACUACAAAAAGGAUGGAAAUCGUUACUCACCAUCCAAUUGUUGUCUUGUCAGUCUCACAAGUAAUCUUUUUUUGGUCAGGUUAAGUCAUCUUAGUGUUGCGUGGUUUGUUGUGUGUUAUUUAUGACUAUUCCCUCAUCUUUUUUCUGUUUGCUGUGCCUUAUGCAUGUACCAGUGUGGCUCAUUUUGCAAUUAUUUUUGUAUGUAUAUAUGUUUCUACAUUUAUCUGACAUGACUUAACUCCAUUAAUCUACAAACAUCACUGGUGGGAACACCUUGUUCAAUAUUAUUUUGUGUUACUUGGCUGAAAAGAAGUUGAUAUUUCUGAGUUAAUAUUUCUAAUGUUUAUGAAAAGCUGUUCACAAGGAUUGUCUCUAUUAAAACACGUAGCCAAA